AUGGAAAGCGCGGAUUUAGAGAGGACUUAUUCCCGGGAGCAGCAACGGCUGGGCCCUGGUCAAGAGGUCAUCACCACCCCAGUGGCGCUCGUGCGGAGUGUCACAUCCAGGAGCCAGAGAAUUCGGAAGAAUGGUAUAGCCGCAGAGCAAAGCUGUCGUACAGACCGGAUACAAAGCCUUAAGAAGGAUGGCGACAUACCUUUAGACUUUGAGAAAGAAGACGAGAUCGAGAAAAUAGCAUCGCCGACGCCGUCCACGCUAGACUCGCCAUCGAGAGCAGGAUCCAGCUCAGAUACGUCAAGCAGACAGGAUGAUGGAUCGCAAGAACGACGCAUCCUUCGAUUCGAAGAUGGAGACCCCGAGAAUCCGGACAACUGGAGUCGUUGGAAAAAGAUAUACGCCCUCUUUGUUGCGAUCAUGAGCGUCAUGAACAGCACCAUGAACUCUUCUCUAGCAGCCGGAGCAGUAGCACCCAUGUCGCGCCACUUCAACCAGUACAAUGAGUAUAUGCUAAUCCUCCCAACAUCCAUGUACCUCGUUGGUUACGUGUGCGGCCCGAUGAUCUGGGGUCCAAUGUCCGAAUCCUACGGUCGCAAGGGCGUUAUGAUAUACUCUUUCGCAAUGCUCACCAUCUUCUCCAUCGCAUCUGCCGUGGCGCCGAAUUUCGCUGCGUUGGUAGUUUUCAGGUUACUGGUAGGCAUCGGAGGGAGUUGCGCCAUUAGUGUUGUUGGAGGGAUUUGUGCCGAUGUCUAUCAUAAUCCUGUUAGUCGGGGCAGGAGCAUGGCGAUAUUCAUGGCAUCAACAAUGUUCGGUCCCAUCCUAGGACCCCCAGCCGCUGGCUUCAUAUCCGUCGUGUCCUGGAGCUGGGCCUUUUGGGUUGGUGCCAUCUUCGCCGGCGCGUCCUGGCCCUUGUUCUUCUUCUUCCCUGAAACCUACGGACCUACCAUUCUUAAGCGCCGCGCGAUACGGUUACGCAAAGAGACUGGGGAUGAAAGCAUCGUUGCGCCCCUGGAGUUGGAGAAGACAGAUAUUAAUCACAUUGUGACUGUGGUCUUGACUAGGCCGCUGAGAAUGAUUUUCUUCGAGCCAUUGGUGCUGUUUACAUGUUUAUAUUUGAGCUAUGCUUAUGCGAUAUUCUAUAUCUAUCUCCAGUCAUAUCCCAUCAUCUUUUCGGGGAUCUACCACUUCAACGCUGGCGAAACAGGUUUAACCUUCCUGCCUAUCGGGGUCGGCGCUGCAAUCUCCGCGGCCAUGUACCUCUCCUGGGACUCGAUUUUCGCGCGCGCCCAGCGCACAAACAAGCCUUGGUCCCAAAGUGAAGAAAUGCACCGCCUCCCGCUUGCCUGCAUAGCCGGCCCCUUCUUUGUAAUAUCUUCCUUCUGGCUCGGCUGGACCGCAAAAGAAAGCAUACACUGGAUCGUUCCUGCGCUCGCCGGGAUCCUCUUCGGCAUGGGAUAUCUGUGCCUCUUCAUGGCUCUCUUGAACUACCUCGUCGAUGCGUAUGAAGUUUUUGCCGCAUCCGCCAUGGCAGCCGGAUCGCUUUCGCGUUCUUCGUUUGGUGCAGUGCUGCCGUUCGCUGCCAAACCAAUGUACAGAGCCCUGGGAGUAGCGUGGGCGACUAGUUUGCUGGGCUUCUUCAGUCUGGUGCUGUGUGUAGUGCCCUUUGUGUUUUUGAGGUUUGGGGCCAAGAUGAAGGAACGGAGUAAGUUUUGCCAGUAUCUAAAAGCAAAGAAAGAGGAAGAGCUUGAGAGGAGGGAGAAGGAGAGGAGGGGGCAACGGGAGAAGGAAGUUAGGGUCGAGCCAUAUGAGAUGAAGGGGAAGGAGCAUGUGUAG